CUGGUAGCUCAGUCGGUUAGAGCGUCGCACUGCAAGGCUUCACGGCCAAACAAGCGGUGGUUCGAGCCCCGCUCAUGUCGGAUUCUUUCCGUUGACUAGGAGUGGUUACCGCUCGCCUUGAGCAAGGGGGAUGGGGCGUGUGGUGUGUGAGGUCCUGGCAGUACCCAGAGAUCGCCAAUAAUGAGCACUUGCUCACGUCGUGAGGGUACUUGCUGGGGAAAGCGAGUCCAACUCGUGAUCAGGCCGUGGUGAGUUACACACGUACGGUGGUGAAGUUGAUGCAGAAAUUUUCCACUGAACGUAGGAAGUUCAUAAAAAAAGUGAAAGAAAUCAACUCUUCUUAACACAGUGGGGGGAAGUUAGAAGGUUCAUGAUCAAAUGAAGAACAAGUUCGAGAGAGGACGUCCCAGUCUUUAAUGGAUCGAAGAACUCAUAUACACGUAAUUAACUGUAUGUCAGGACUGAAGCCAUUGCUGUGCAGGUGACCUUAUGUCGUUCAAAGACAUGAAAUGAAGACAGCACUUUGCAUAUUCCUAUGGUCGCGUAGAGAUGAUCAUCGCGUGGACCAAGAUUUCGUCACCAGAGGUCCUUCAUGGCACUUGUAGCUGCAUCAAGGACACCCCGCACAUACCUUCGUCCCGCUAGCCACUCAUGUCAUCAUCCGUGGUAUGUGUGUGUGUGUGUGUGUGUGUGUGUGUGUGCGCUUUAAAUACUUUCAUCUUGAAAGAAAAAUAUAUGAACAAUCAUCGAAAGAUGGCAUUCAAUAUCUACCAAAUUUCGCUUUCACUCUCAAUUACCAUUAUUAUUAUUAUUAUUAUUUUUUUUUUUUGUGAAGAGGAAUUCGUUCUGCUCAUGCACUUUCACUUGAGCCGCGCAUCCUGUCAGGGCUGUUAGAGACUCAUUACCUCAUUGUUUCAGACCGCAGACACCCACAUUCUUUUAUGCACGUGUCGAUUUGCCAAAAGGUGUACGUAUUCUGUUUAACAGGUCGACCAUGCAUUCAGUACUUUUAUAGAUAUCUUUGUUGUAUGUCGACCAUGACUGGCCAUUAUUUCAUUUCUCUGCGGCUAUGUCCUCCACCCAAGCAUUGCUCAUUGCAACCUCUCGGUCAUGGUAUACGUGACGCGACGUAAUACGGUUUUUAGAGUGUGCCCCGCCCACCUCGAUGUCUUCCUUAUAUGUCCCUGUUUCUUCUCAUAGGUGUAAAUAGUUGGUUUUGGCGAGGCCCUCGUGGAACAGCAUUAGUAGUUUUUUGUCUUCAAUUUUAUACCUUCUUGUGAUUUUAUGGAUAGGCUGACGUACCAUAUAUAGUUAUGUAAAGCCUCAUAACUCAUAACGUGUGCUACAAUGCGAGUAUACGAUGUACUCUAUAGUAGAGAAGAAAAUUAAACUUUUAUCUGUUCUUCAAUCAUUCAUCAUUAUUUCGUCGCUUUACUGAAGGUACUGCCGUAAGCUGAUUGCCAGUCGGUGACCUGCUGGGCCUCCCGCUCUACUGCAUUUAUAUUCAGCUCAGUCCGUACAGUGGAGACUGGCUGCCUGCACAAGGGUCCGAUCCGAAUUAUUGCGUCCUCGCUCAUUUCAUGGAAUGCGAAGUAAAAUUUAACUUGUUCCACUUUGCUUCAUGAUACUGGCACACAGUUGAAUAAUGUGCUCUAUUGAUUUUUGUUACAAUAAUCACUGUCCGUAUUGAUCGCCAUAUCCAACAGAUUCAGUUUAUUGGAGCCCCAUGUCAAAGUAAAAAGUCAUCUUUGAGGUAGACAACAGGUAAACUCUAACUUGAAGAUAAAGCCUAUAAUGACGUAACUUUUUUGUAGCCUACAUUCUGCUGAUCUUGAUCGACUUAAUCCCUCAUAUAUUGAUGUGCGAUGACGGAUAUCAUUGUAUUUAGACAAUAGAAAGUGAUGCUCUAACCCUCAAGCUAAAAUUACAAACACUUUAGUAAAACCUUCAUCAAGGCGAAAGCACUCUGCGUGACCUUGUUCGCAGUGACAGGUCCACCCAGCUGAGGGUCAUACUCUUUAACAUUUCGGCGCCCAAGCACACAUAUUUGACACGGCGCUUUCGUGGGAGUUUUGGGCACUUCCAGGGGUAGUUUAAUGACCCUGGUAGUAAUAUGUCCCUUCCUUUGUACCAAAAAACUAAAAACACUUCAGAACCCGACUGAUUUCCUUUUUGGCGUUUGCAAUGGAAACGUGAUGUGAGAGGUGGAAUGCGUCUGAAAUACCGACCUAAUUAAGCCUCUUGACCACCCAUAGCUAGGUAAUACUUGCCUAUCAGCAGGAGGGUCAAUUAUUUAUACUGUGACAAGCUGCGGAUUGCAAACAUUGACAAUCACGGCCAAAUUUGGAUACUAUGGGCCAAUAGUCUCAAACGUUUUGGGGCUUGAUAAUCAACCACAUUUAAAAGGCUUUCGUACAUGUUGUGGGUAUUUCCAUGGGAAGUUUUAUGAGUCUAGUGAUGAUUUGACAAGAUAAUUUGCCGAGUAUAAUAAGUCUCCUUUGUGGCCUGUAUUCUCAGACGCUUUCGGUUCUCACAAUAACUAUUUCCAAAGGCUACAAAGAAGAUUACUCGGGUUUGCAUGAGUGUUUUCGGUAUUAAUGGUGUAGAAGCCUUGUCAAAUUAUCACUAGAUUCGUAAGGCUACCCAUGGAAAUGCCCACAUCCUCUACGAAAGCCUUGACAAGUGUGGGUGUGUGAGCCCCGAAAGCGCCCGAGACUCCGGGGCCCAUAAACAUUUUCACUUCCAACCACAUUCAUUUAACAAGGCUUUCGCAGCGGUUUGGGCCAUUUCCAGCAGUAAUUUAAUGGCCCUGGUGGUAGUUUGACUUCUUCUGUACCAUAAACCUAAAAAGAACACUCAUUAGAACCCGACUGAUCUCCCUUUUGGCCUUUGGAAAUAGGUGAUGUGAGAGGUGGAGGCGUCUGAGAACACCGACCCGGGCCCUGUGUGGAGCGGCCAGGCACUUGCUCCUCCCCGUGCUGGGCGGACUGGCUGCGGCGCCCCUGCUCCCCGCGUCCCUAGCAGGCUGUGGCUGUGGCUGUGGCUCCCAGGCCGAUUCUUUAGGACCCGUGAGGAAGAGUGACACAGCAGCAUGGCCUCAAGCUCAGUUAGCCAAGAGGACGUUGACCUGGACUUUGAGACGUCAUCACGCAGGUCUCGCAUCCGCACUGCCCGGGCAAGGAACAUAAAUCCUCCCUCCCGCCCAGGUGAAGCAGAUGAGGAGUGUGAAGGCAGUGAGAGGGAGACUGGCACUGGAGGGCUUUUCCCUGGGUCCCAGGACCACGACGCCAGUCCAAAGCCUGCCACCAGACUCAAGGAGAAGAGAAUGAACAGACCUAACCAUACUAACAAGGGGAAGCAGCAGCGUGAUAGACGAAAACUUCGUGAAAAAAGACGUAGUACUGGAGUUGUCCACCUUCCUUCCACUGAGUCCACUGGAGGAAGCACUGGUGAAGAUGAAGAGCUUUUGUCCAUGACUGCUGAGACUCGACGCAACACUCACUACAACGAACACCCAGAGAAGGAAAAGGCAACACCUGGUUCAGGGGACCACCAUCACCACCACCACCACCAUCACCACCAUCACCACUCAGCAGUCCCUGGGCCCACUUCCAUGGCUGAGCACAAGCACAAGAAAUUCACAAGUCACAGAAACAAAAGCCCAAGUGACCUUGAAGCAGAUGAUGAGGAUAAUCAAGACUAUGACUCCCUGACCAUGAGUGACUCAACCCUGUCUCUGGUGCAGCCUACCUCAUCAGCCAUCACCACCACUACACAUGCUGGCACAACUCUACAGGCCACACGUCCCGCCAAUGGCCGGCCUGCAACACCUACUUCAGAGAGUGUUGAUGAAUUGCUGGAGAGUGCAAGAGAGGAGAAUCGACGGUUACUGGGUCUGCUGGAGGAGCGAGACCGCCGCAUCUCCUCAUUAGAAUCUCGGUUGUCUAUACUGACAGGAGAGUUGACUCAGGCGUCCACUGAACGCUCCAAUCUUCGACAGGAGAAUACAGCUCUAAUACGGGCCAUGGCAUCACUCACAGCUAAGUAAUGUUUAUAAGAGAAAGAAGAGAGCUAUUGUGUGGGAUUCAAAAUAUAUACUAUAUACAUAUAUCUUAGGUGUUCCUGGCUUUCAUGCAGCUAUCCAGAUGAGGCACUGAUGAUACUCAGCACUACACUGUACAUUGCAAAGUCUUGACGUGUGGUCUUGUCUUCUCUUUACUUAGCACUGGCUGCUGUUGUGACCUGUAUUUUUUUUCUGUGUGCAGCUGAGCUGUUGAAUUGAAUGAAGUUAUAUUUUUAAUGUAAGAAAUUGUAAUAUGCAUUUUUUUUUCUGUAGUAUUUGAUUUCUGGAGAAAAAAAAUUAAGAUAUAAGUGAACUGAAUAUUUAAAGCCUCAAACCCCACAUGUAUUAAUUGUCCCAUUACUCUGAGGACACAAGCAGAAGCAGGAUAGUAUUUUAUACCUUAAAUUCAGAAAAUUGAUUCGUAUAUAUUUUCACAUGAAAGCUUCAUUUUCUUACAUACAACAAAUGUUCAUAAUAGGCUAUUUAUCAGAGUUUAAUUAGUUAGCAAUGAAUAUUAUAUAAUCAGUGUUAGAGCAUUUCUUAUACUGAUUAUAAUUUAACAUAUUGAAAUUCAUCAUCAUAAUUUUUCAUCCUCACUGUCAUCAUCAUAAUUGGCAGCGUUUAAUAGUCUACUGCAGGACCAAGACUCUCCCAUCUCUCUUCUUUUAUCUCUUUCUGUCUACUGCUAAACUUUGCCCCAGUGGUUUUUUGGGGUCUUAUCUCGACAUCUCAUUUUGUGUCUUGCUUUGGCUUUGUUUUCCGUCCCUUGGUUGCCAGUGUGAAAUGUUAUACUGUAUUUAUAGUUUGGGGGGGGCGUUAAUUUUCCAGACUGCUUCCUUCAUAAGAUAUACACUGAUUUUAAUGUUUUCAGGUACAUGAUAAGUUUUCCAACAUAUAAGGAGUAAUAUAGAGGCUGCUUGUGAAUAUAAUGAAAAAAGAAAUAAUGAAACAUUUCAUUAAUCAGUCUUAUCUCUUAAGUUGGAUUUUUUUAUUCUAGAUAUUUGAGUUGGUAGGUUUAUAGCCAAUCAACAAUGAAAAUAUGCAUUUUAACCUUUGGGCUAAGAGUAUCAUGGAGAUGUGAGCACUACUUGGGACCUGGUAAAUGUCUUUUCCUGUUCAAGAUUUAGAAUCUUUAUUGUAAACAAAUUGCAUAUAUAUAUAUAUAUAUAUAUAUAUAUAUAUAUAUAUAUAUAUAUAUACAUACAUACACACACACACACACAGAACCUCGUUUAUCUGCCAUCCAAAUCAACGGCACGGAUCUUAUCUGAUCUUGAUUUUGAUCUUGAUGUCACAGGUGACUCCUGUGAAAAGAAAACAAAAUAUACAGAAAGACAGUGUUCUUCUUGGGGCAAGAUAUCAUUGUCUAUAUCUUGCACGCCAUAUAUUCCCCAUGAACUCUUUCAAUAAGAGGAGGUUUAGAGAAGCGAAUUCCCACCGUUAAGAGGGUUGAAGGGGACAAAGCCCUCCUUCAAGGGGGUUGAAGGGGGUGAAGCCCUCUCAUUAGGUAGGUUACAUUAGGUUUGGUUAGUUUGAAUUUAUUACGCACGGUGUGGGGCAGCGGAAAUAUGAUGUAAAUAGGCAGCGUUGGACAGGAGAUUGUGGUGGCAGUCCACUAUGCUGGUCAGUGUUGCGAGAAAUACCUCCUCGCUGUUAUAAGUUGCUCUGCUGUCCACAGCGCAUGGGCACUGGGGGGAUAUAUAGCAGGAAAAACAUUAAUUUGCCUGGUUUUGUUCUAGUUUGUCCACUUGUGAUCUUUGUGAGCAGUGAGUGAAAUGUAUAAACUGUAAGCAAGUUGAACCUCUCCCUGCAGCUGUGAGCUGAUUCCUACAACACCGGUAGUAACGGGUGGCAGCGAGCAGCAGCGGGUGCUCAACAGGCAUUGACUUUAGUGAUUUCUGGAAAAAGAUAUUUCUCCAUAAUAAACAGCAUCCUAUUUUGUCCAGAAAUAAGCAGUCAGCACCUCAAAAUUAGUUGGCUACCCUCUUGUUAACCCUUAGAUUAUGGCGAUCGUAUAUAUAAAUGCGCUACAACACACCCCACCCGUACGGGGAUCAUAUAUAUAACCAUCACACUAUGCUACCUAUGUUUCAAAUAUACCACCAGUUCUUGACUCAGAAGAAUGUUGGAGGCAUCUGGCAUCCGUACACACUCUCAUUCGUCUCCAGCGCGCAGUCUACCGAAGGCCACAGAUCAUUUUCCACUUUUGUUUGGAAUACAUCUGGCAUGUCUCGUGACGCAUCAAGCAGUUCCUCUGCUCCGGGCGGAAGUAGAGCGCGGGUGAAUCAAAGUGACAGUGACUCUGAUGACUGCUAUGGUAGUGACAUUGACAGAGGAGGGAGGGGCAAGCAGGAGAGAAAGAGAGAGAGAGAGAGAGAGAGAGAGAGAGAGAGAGAGAGAGAGAGAGAGAGAGAGAGAGAGAGAGAGAGAGAGAGAGAGAGAGAGUGUGGGGUGUUUCCACACAAUGCAUCACGGCCACAAGAAAAUGUGCAAUAUUUUUGGCUGUCAUAACUUUUUUUAUUAUUAUUAGGAGAGAAGUGUUAUUACACCACCAUAUAUACUAGAUGAAUAUACUAUUAUUGCAAAGAAAAAAAAAAAAAAACAUUUCCACCUCUUUUAAUUGCCUAAAUGAUCCUC